AUGUCUAGCGGAUUAGCGGGAAAAAUUUUUGAUUUUCUUAUUACAUCCCCGUUGGAACAUAUUACCGCAUUUUCUGUCGUCUAUCAAGCUAUGGAGGAAGAUCCGUGGAUAGAGAGAAACAAUUUAAGAAAUAUAGUAAAUAAUGCUAUUUCGUUAGCAAAAAAUGAAUACUCCCAAGAAGCGCAAAAUAAACUUCUUACUGUUUCUCUACAGUUUGAUAUUGCCUUUGAAGGUGUAUGUAGCCUUCGUGAUAUCGAAACAGCGAAAGAAAUUGAGGAAAUUAGUAAGGAACAAAUCAAGAAAAAUAUGAGAGAAUUGAAAGGGAAACUUAGGGGGAAAUCGUCUCCAUUCCUCGUGGAACUUUAUAAUUUUUUAGAUUACGUGGAUGUCGAUAGUCUAAGAUGGCAAGAUCCAUUUGCCAGCCAAGUAAUUAGCGACGAAUCAUCUUUUGUGCGAAAUUUGCCCGGGAAUAUUUACCAUAAUUUCAUGGAGCCAUCGCGACGGAUGAAAAUGGAAGCACCGCCCAAUAUCAGAGAGAUGAGUAAUGCAUUUGUAGAAGACUUUUAUAAAGAUGAGAUCGAAAUCCCUCCGCCAAAAUAUUCACAUAACCAUACUUGGAGAGAAACAAAAGAGAAAUUGGCGGACAUCUCUACUGAGAUUUUAGAAUCUUUAAGCGAUAUCUGGAGAAACUCUGCAUUCGAUCCGAAGUUUGCAAAAGCGCAAAGCGAAGGAACUUAUGUGACGGAUGUGAUCGUUCCUUUACUCCGAGUAUCAUUAAAAAAACUCCCAAUAAGAAAUACCGCCUUUCUUAGCACAGCGGAACGUCAAAGCCAAGCUAGUGCCGAUAGAAAAGGGGAGGGAAAACAGGGUAAACGACCUGAUAUAAUGUUUAUAGAAGAACGUAAAGAUGAUGAUGAAGUAAAGCUAUGGCGGGAGAUGAACGAUGGGCUUUAUUGGGUUUAUAGUGGAUCCAGGCCCAAUAAAAAUGAGUUUGGUAUUGCCGGGGUACAAAUAGCUGGGGAUAUGUUUCAUUUCAAUAUUAUUAUCAAAGACAUGGAUGAUAUACACCGACUUUAUCAUUUAUAUUCGGUUAAAAUUCCCAUACGUCCAACUGGGAGUUCAACAGUAUCUUCCGAUAAAGAAGAUAAUUAA